GGUCUUUACCAAGCCUCUCAGAUCAAGACAUAAUUCUCUUUCAACGUAACCUAAUACAACAACCUUGAAAUGCCUUCCAGAAUCGAAGAAAAUAAAUACGAAAUCAUGGAUCUGCUUUUCAGAAUCAACCCUGCCAGAAACAAUAUCAAAGAGAAUGCACUGCAAAUCGAACAAAUCCUAGCCUCUGGUGUUAUUACUCAAGAAGAAGACUUCACAGUCAGAACUUGCAGAAGGAUGAUCAAAUUUUCGAGUAGUCUAUUGGCUUCUUAUAAGUAUUACUUAUCGUGGUGCAUGUGCGCGGAAGGACUCAGUGAUGAAGAGAGAAUCGAGGCGGAGAGAAAGGCAUACUUGCUUCAUCAAGCUGCUUGGGCUUGCAUGCAAGAACCCAUAUAAACUUCAGAGCAAGUUAGGUCAAUUCGAGGCGUCUGUUGCGGGAAAGGAUAUACAGAAAAUGGGACACAACA